AUGGAGAAAUCUUCAGAAGGAAUCGGCAUCAAUAUCUACACCGCCUCCCCUCAACUCGACCCGCCGCCGCAGCCAGAGGCCCCUCCCUCCGCCGGCCGGAAACGCCGCGCGGUGGCGAGCGGCGUCCAGAAGACCCUAUCAAAGACCUCCCUUCUGGCCAACUUCCUCCCGACGGGGACCCUCCUCACCUUCGAGAUGGUCCUGCCCUCCAUCUACUCCGGCGGCGGCGGCUGCUCUCCGGUGAGGACCCACAUGAUCUACUCCCUCCUCGGCCUCUGCUCCCUCUCCUGCUUCUUCUUCCACUUCACCGACUCCUUUCGAGGGCCCGACGGCAGGCUUUACUACGGGCUGGUCACCCCGGCCGGGCUGGCCGUCUUCAAGCCGGGCCUUGGUGUGGAGGUGCCUCGGGAUGAGAGGUACCGGGCCGGGCUGGGUGACCUGGUCCACGCCCUCAUGUCGGCCCUCGUGUUCCUUGCUAUUGCCCUGUCGGACCACCGGGUGACAGGUUGCGUGCUGCCGGGCCACGCGAAAGAGAUGGACGAGGCCAUGCAGAGCUUCCCACUCAUGGUCGGGAUAGUCUGCAGCGGACUCUUUCUCGUCUUUCCCACUACCCGGUAUGGGAUUGGCUGCGUGUCCCCAUGA